GUUUUGUUCUGUGAGGUUGAAGCAAUGUCUGGGCGCGGAAAGGGAGGCAAAGGUUUGGGGAAAGGAGGCGCCAAGAGGCACCGGAAGGUCCUUCGCGACAACAUCCAGGGCAUCACCAAGCCGGCCAUCCGCCGCCUGGCUCGCCGUGGGGGAGUGAAGCGCAUUUCGGGCUUGAUCUAUGAAGAAACCCGCGGCGUGUUGAAGGUCUUUCUGGAGAAUGUGAUCCGCGAUGCGGUCACUUACACGGAGCACGCCAAGAGGAAGACUGUCACCGCCAUGGACGUCGUUUACGCCCUGAAGCGCCAGGGCCGCACUCUGUAUGGUUUUGGAGGCUAAAAUACUUUCCUCUAUUGUAAACAACUCAAAAGGCCCUUUUCAGGGCCACCCACCUUUUCCUUAGAAAGAGCUGUUGUCCGUGCCGUUUGUAUCAAUGCAGUUUUAUUACUCGUGUUCCUUUUAAAAAUUUGAGUUCAUUUAAUUAAUGCUACAUCUGUAAAUUUUCUUGGGUGAAUCUACACUGGAAAUAAUGUAGUGUGUCACCACCUUAAUGGUAUGGAAUCACGAGUUGUUGCUUGGGGAUUCACCAGUUUGCUUUAUUAUUACCCAAAAACACACCCAAAGCAGCUAAGGCUAAAGACCUAAAAUUACAAAUAUUCUGAACACAAAGCCUAGAGCAAUGGAAGUUAAAAGUACUGUCAAAUCACUAAUUCUACAGUGUAGGUGCUGAAUCCACCCUUACAGAGGUAAAGUAAAAACUGCCGCCAUUUUUAGAUCCAUUCAAAAAGGUAUCUGGUUCUGGUUGCUGCAUAAAGAAUAGCAGGACUUUCUUAGCCUUUCUAA